ACAGAAUUCAGUCACUUAUCACGGUUGGUUAGGUUCUCUCUGGUCACUUUACUUUAGCUCUUUAUAUAUAUCUAGCUUUCUUUUUCUUUUCAUUAGAAAUAAUUAAGUCACUGUACUAUACACAGUACGGUCGCUAAAAUCAAAUUGUUAACUACUCUGUUAGUGCUACUUACUAAAUUUUAAAAUGCUGACCACUCGCUCUCCUCUCUCAGAGAAGAAUGAAAACGGCGUUGUUUCCAAACUGAAUCGUAUUUCACUGACAGACAAAGAGAACACCCCUCCUAGCUUGAAUAGCAGUCGAGUUCUGGCGUCCAAAACUGCACGGAAAAUCUUUGAAGAUUCUGAGACUACGCCGAAAGAUUCUAAGAAGACAAGCGUGGAAGAUGAGCCACUGUUAAGAGACAAUCCCCGCCGUUUCGUCAUCUUUCCCAUCAAAUACCAUGACAUCUGGCAAAUGUACAAAAAAGCUGAGGCUUCUUUCUGGACUGCUGAAGAGGUUGACCUUUCUAAGGACUUGGCACACUGGGAAUCCUUGAAGGACAAUGAGAGACAUUUUAUCUCUCACGUGCUGGCUUUCUUUGCUGCAAGUGAUGGCAUUGUCAAUGAGAAUUUAGUGGAGCGAUUCAGUCAGGAGGUCCAAGUGACAGAAGCACGGUGUUUCUACGGAUUCCAAAUCGCGAUGGAGAAUAUCCACUCAGAAAUGUACAGCCUACUCAUUGACACCUACAUCAAAGACCCCAAAGAGAGGGAGUAUCUUUUCAAUGCCAUUGAAACCCUGCCUUGUGUGAAGAGGAAGGCUGACUGGGCUCUGAACUGGAUUGGAAACCAAAAUGCACAGUUUGGGGAGCGCGUGGUAGCCUUUGCUGCAGUUGAAGGAAUCUUCUUCUCUGGGUCGUUUGCUUCCAUCUUCUGGUUGAAGAAGAGGGGUCUGAUGCCUGGUCUCACGUUCUCCAACGAGCUGAUCAGCAGAGAUGAGGGCCUUCAUUGCGACUUUGCCUGCCUCAUGUUCAAGCACUUGGUGAACAAGCCCUCCGAAGACAAGGUUAAGAACAUCAUAAUGGAUGCUGUUGUGAUCGAGCAGGAGUUCCUCACAAUAGCCCUUCCGGUGAAACUGAUCGGCAUGAAUUGUGACCUGAUGAAGCAAUAUAUCGAGUUUGUGGCUGACCGACUAAUGCUGGAGUUGGGUUUCAGUAAGAUCUACCGGGCGGAGAAUCCCUUCGACUUCAUGGAGAACAUCUCUCUGGAGGGAAAGACUAACUUCUUUGAGAAGCGGGUGGGGGAGUACCAGCGGAUGGGGGUCAUGUCCGCCAGCGUGGACAACUCUUUCCGGCUGGACGCAGACUUCUGAGCCCCCCCCUCCCUCCUCCCCACUGAACAAGGACACUGAACAUGCAUUAAACUUGAAGAGGCCGGGAUGGAAUAAACAUCCCGAUCCACCACCUCCAUAUUCCACUCAACCAUCCCUGUCUGUUCUCAGACCUGAAGCUGCUUGCUGACGUUCUAACAGGAGUGGCUCACUCGAGCAACCAUUUGCACACAACACUCUUUAUUGCAGCAGCUCAUUACUUUGUAUAUUGUUAUUGACUGGUUAAAUGGUUUUUGUGGCGUAUUGGAUUCUGAAAAUGGGAAAUCCAAAAUGCAGUAUUUAACUAUCUUUUUUUUUUUUUUUUAAACGACUAAAUUUCGACGUGUAUGCUCUUAGAAUGUAAAUUAUUUUUUAAUUUCUUAAAUGUUAAUAAAACGUGUUUGUCUCA